AUGGAAGCUCUAAGAACCGAUUCUAAACGUGGUUGUUGUUGCGUUUGCAUCGAGGAAAACAAAAUAUGUACCAGAAAAUGUGAAUUUGCUGCAUAUUUUCCAAAUGAAGUGCAAAGCGAUUAUGAAGCUGCUACUAAAUUGUUUGGUACAACAAAUAUUAUAAGCAUGAUGAAACUUGCUUCUCAUGAACAAAACCAUUUGUUAGCAUCAUCGAUACUCAAAGAAGGUGCUGCAUGGACCGAUGAUAAUAUCAGAGGUGGAUAUGGAGUUAUCCAAAAGCUGAUGUGGGAAAUCAAAUUACAUGAAGCCUACCUCUCUGAGAGAAAGAAGAAGAUUUCAGAAGAAAAGAAACAAAUAGUUCUACUUUUGAAUCAGUAUAUAUAAUGAAAUUUAUCUAUCUUCAUUUAUCCAAUAAUAAUUACUCAAUGGUUGAUCAUAUCAAUUGUUGAAAUUUAAAACAUACCAUGAGCACAGUGUAAUUGUUGCAAUCACUUAAUUGUGCAUGCGUUAUAAUGAUCAUAAAAGAAGAGAAACUUUGAAACCUAAAAAUGAUAUCAAAUGUCAUAAAGCAAUUUAAAAUUGCACUUUCAAAUUGUAAUUAAAGCAAUCUUCUCAUUUGUGUAUUGAAAAUUUUAAACUUUUUUUCAUUGAAUUCAGUUGUUAAUAAUUUCUUCUAUUAUACAUUUUGUAAUGAUAAUACAGUUAUGUGAGUUGCAAAUACAUUUAUGUAUACAAGAUUGACAAAUAAAAAUCUAUAUUAAUAAAAGAGACAUUUUGAGGCUCCAUGGAUGUCCAUGUAAGCGACAAAAAUUUCUCCCAAAAAAUGCCACAUGGCAAUAUUACUAAAUAAAAAAUAAUAAGUAAAUAUAAAAUAUAAAAUAUAAGAAAGAAUAAAUAAUAAGAAAAUAUACAUAAAAGAAAAAUAAGUAAAUCUACAAUAUAAGAAAUAGAAAAACUAAAUUAAACAUCCACUACAAGAAAACAUAAAUUUUACGAGGGCGGUUUUCCUCGUGAGUUCGUCGUAAAAGAGGCUUUACGAGGACUUAGCGAGGAAACACGUUUUGUCGUUACUCAUUCGUCAUUACACAUAUUUCCUCGCAAAUUCGUCGUAAAUUAGCGAAAAAAAUAUUUCGUCGUAAAAACGAAGAAAACAAAUCGUCGUAAAGACCACUUAGUCAGUCGACGUAAGAAUGUCCCUACCGUUCCUCGUAAAUACCACGAAAGCAUUUCCUCGUAAACGACAAGUACAUAUUUCCUCGUAAAAUUCACGUAAUUACCUUGAAAUGUUUUCCUCGUAAUUUUCACGUAAAUACCUUGAAAGUA